GCACACAUGCUUUACUAAACCUGUGCAGGGGAGGAUUCACACAAGUCCAUGAUGAAGGAAGUAUGUUCCUCCUGCCUUCAGCCUGUCUAUUUUAUGGAGCGAGUGGUUGUUGAUCAGGCCCUUCUGCACAGCUCAUGUUUCACCUGCAAGGUCUGCGGGAAACAGCUCAGCCUGCAUAAUUACACUGCCCUCCACGGUGCGCUCUACUGCAAAGGCCAUUGCAAGCUGCUUGCCAAAGCUAGAGGAGGAAAUGAGAAGGAAAGAUUCGUUUACGGACAUAAACACCAGCCACGGCAGGAAAUAGUAAUAGCCGGUCGAAGGUCAGAGCCCCAGAGAAGAUAUAAUAGAGCUGGAGAAGAGACAGUGGAGAGAUCAUUUGAGUCCCAUUCAGAGCUCAGCUUGGAGCCAGAUGGCCAAAUGAAAGGACCCAAGAAUGAAUUUGCCUCCUUGAGACACCAGCUCGAAACUAGCUGGCCACCCUUGGGAAAAGCAGACAGAAGCGUCCACAAACCUAGGAAGAGCGAAUGGCUCUGGGAAAAGACUGCAUUGAACUGGCGAAGCCCGGAGGCACCAGAGGGAAAAUCCAUUGCAGAUACAGCAGUGAGAAAGCAACCAAACCAGCUACCUAGCAUCGCCGUUUCGGAGAGGGAAGAGCACGGGCCCCCCUGGAGCAAAGCGGGAAACCUGAGGAGUGGUAACAAGAAGAUGGGGUGUGUGGACGGAAAUGUGCCCAGACAUCUCGCAGGGAAGGGAGGGAGCAGAGUAUCAGAGAAGGUGGCUGUCUUCCAGCAGGGCAAAGCCAAACCAAAGGACAGGAGUGCUCCCGCUGUUUCGCCUUCAGCACUGCAACCUGUGAAACCACCAGUUCGCGGCUCAUCCGUCUCCCGGUCCAAGGCGCUGGGAGCCACUAAGGGCGCCAGCUGGGCCUCUGCAAUACCUCUCGAGGCUGGUGCUCUCUCUACAGCAGAGCUUGCUCCUACAGGUAACAAGCUUCGUGUCACAGGGUCCAGCGAGGGGGUCUUUAACGCAGGACUUGCAACUCUGAGCAGUCGGGGCACCAGACCGCUUCCCCGAGCGACAGGGAAUUUGCCAGAGCAGCCACCAUCCACCGUAUCUACCCCACAGGACAGGCAGCACCCCCAAGAAGGGAGCGGCAGUAAGCUGGCUGCUCAUGUAGCAGGAGAGGCUGAAGCAGGCAGCAUCAAAACCAUGCCACCAUGCGGAGGUACCCACCACCCAAGCAGAGCCAAGGGCUUUCUUUCCUCCCGUUUUGGAGCCCAGACGUACGUAGCUGAGCAUGAUGCUGUCCAAAGUAACGAAGCUUCAUGCCUCUCCGAGGAACCAGCAACACCUCACACAGAGGUCAGUUCACUCGAGCCUGAAAUUUCGGUUCAGUUGUACCAGGCAGCUGAGCAGGUCAAUGAGGAUUCAGAGACGGACAACCAAGAGCUCCCUGGAGCGCUUAUGCCAAGACCUUCCGAGACAAACUUGCAAGGAUCUAGGGAAAACGUGUUGGCUGGAAUUAAAAGCAGCGAGCCAGAGGUUGAGAACAAAAUGCAGCCGGAGAGCACAUCAGAGUCCUACAAGAUCCUGAAAUAUAGUCCUGGGCAUAGAUCUCAGGAAAGGAAACCAGAAGAAAGAGCCAUUUCUCCAUCUGGACAGGCACAGAUUACAGGGGAUGAGACUGCACCCUGCCCACAAGCGGCAGAAUCUCAAUACACGUGCGGCCCGCUAACAGACAGCCUGCAAGGGGAUGCUUUGCCAGGUCAUAUUGCAUUGUCUGCUAAGGACACUUCAGAGCCAGUGGACACACAUCCAAAAGCAGUCAGUGCAACGGAGGACUCGCAUGACAAGACAACUGGAAAAGAAGAAACAAAGCUCAAGUUACGGGGUCCAGAUGACAUGCGAGGGGGCAUCCUUCUUGUUUCUGAGCCACCCAGCAAGAUGCUUGAACCUUUGACAUCGAAGGAAUCAUCAGAGAAACCUGAAUAUCAUUUAGCUGGAAAUGGUAUUGUGGGUAUGAAACCUCAGUAUGAAGGCAAGUCACGCUUACCUGCUAGUGCUCCCCAAACCAAAGACACCGGAAAUGGAGAGCCUGGGAAAGAGACACCAGCAAAAGCUUCCAGUCUAGGGAAAAAUCACUUUGCUAGGCUUUUUGCUUCUGAAAAUAAAAGUAGCACCCCAAGGAAAGAGCUAAAAGGAAGAAAGAAACCCACAAAGCCCCAGUCUGCCUUGGCCACAUUAUUUGGCUAUUGCUCAGAUAAAGAACGGAAUCAAAAGGGAAUUCUCACCCCAAAACCCUCACCAAAGCCUUCAGAGGAAAAAAAUGAUGGAGAAUCACGGUCACAGAUCACCGACUCAGCCUCAUCAAGGCAAAAGGUCUCCAAGGAUGAGGCUGUAGCUCCCAUUGGAAGAGCAGUGGCAAUUUCCAAAAAUACAAAGCAAAAUUCAGGGGCCCAUGUGAGAUCUGGGCAAAGAGAGAGUCCCCCACAUUUAAGCAGCACUGAGGUCUUAGAGUCCCAGGUGCUCUUGUCGAUGCCUGGUGGAAGCAGUCCAGCCAGCACUGGAAAUGUUGAUGAGGUCCCUGAUCUUGGAGUUGAAAGCCAACCUGAUUUCAACGCGCAGUCUCUACAACAGCAUGGUGAUAGCUAUCUGCCUGCAGUUCGGUUGGCAGCAUCUCAGAAAGGAGCUCCAGAAACCUUGGAGGGCAGAGCUAGCCUUUUACAGUCUCCUCUGGCACCAAUUGCCUCAGAUGACACUAGCCUAAGUCUCACCAGCGAAGAAAGUCUCCAUGACACAUGUCUACAUGAAAAACAAAACCUAACGGGCUUGGGUGAUCGAGACUUGGCACUAAAGGAUGAAGCCUUUCCUUCAUCGAACCACUUAAAGGAAUCGUGUAAGGAAUCUGAGCUUCACUUAGAAAGCAGGGAUCUUUUAGAGCCCAAUAAUCUCUUGUUGCCUGUAGCAGACAGCAAUUCAACAAGCAUAAGCACAUAUGUUCCUGGCAUCGAUGACACAGAUGCCCAGUUCCCACCUAAAAGAGCCCUGCAAAAUUCACAAGAUAAGGAACAACCGUCUUUCAGCAUAAGCACCUCAGGACUGCACAAGGAAAAUCCAGGGCAAAAACAUGACCUAGCGGAGGAGGGUCAAAUUAUUCAACUUACUGGUGAAAUUCAGAGCUCUCAUCUGCUACAACAGCUUGAUCUGCAGCCCCAACUCCAGAAAGAUGCAUGGGAUCCCUUUGGACUGGGGUUCAAUGCUGGAGAACCCAUUGCUGACCCUUUACUUUCUUGGGGAGCCAACUUGCAACCACCGUCCACAUCGACUCCUGAGCCCUUUAACAACCACAUCUUGGAGAUGCAGGAUGCCGAGACGACAGCAGCAGCAGCACUCCUGCAAGCUUCAGUGAUGGUAGAAAAAAGCAAACCAGCAUCAGAUCUCCCUUAGGACUGCGUGACAUCUUGCCCUAUGGUGAAUGAUAGUUUCAAAAACAGAGACUUUCAUAUGGAAGUGGACCGCUGGUUGGAAACACUGGCAUGUCCAACGCAGUUUAGCUGACAUAGGAAACAUUCUGCUUCUUGAAAUGAGAUCACAAAAUCUACCCACAAGAUGCCAUAAGCAUCAAAUUUGAAUUCAGUUGUGCACAUGAUGAUUUUUGGAGGCAUGGGGAGAUUUCACAGUAGGACCUAAGGGUAGGUUUUUAUAUCCCAAACUCCUCUUCCACCACCCACUGAUCACAGCUGGUACCCUUGUCAGCAGUCUCCAAAGAGACUGGCCACAGAAACCAGCCAAAUUUUCUCUCACUGCACAUGUGUGUGCACAUGCAUGUGUGUGUGUGUAAAAGCAGGGGAGAGGGUCUCCGCACUCGAGCAUACUGCCAUGCUUCCCCAGAGGAAGUCGGCUAGGUUGCUGUCUCUGCAGUUGAGGGGAAAGGUUUUCCAUGCCCACGGAGAGCCAUCCAGCAAGCUUUCAUGAUCAACUAGUUCAGGCAGACACUAGAAAUCAGAAGCAGAAAGGUAUAUUGUCGCUACAAAACCUUAUCAAAUAGUGGCUAAGGAAAUGCACAGCUGAAGGAUGAAGCAGGAUUUCAGAUAGCUUUGCACGGCCUGUAAUAAUCCAACUCAGCUGAUAUCCUGCACUCCUAGCUUGCAAAGCACUUUACCGAGCAGGCCAGUACCAUCAACCCCAUACUACAAAUGGGGAAACUCGGCUGGAAAGAGGUGAAGGGACUCACUGGUGGUCACUCAGCAGGCCAGUGUCAGAGCUGGGGACAGAGCCCAGGCUUCCCUGAGCCUACACCGAUUCCCUCUGCACAAUAUUGCCCCACCUGCCACCUCUUGCUGCUGCCACAAUAGAAAUGCUGAAGUAAUUACCUUAAAAAGUUAUAUUGGCAAUGGAAAUUUUGUGAAGCAUAAUGCCCGGCACCAAAGCGCACACACUCCUGUCCCCAAACACCACUCGGUGCAGAUCCUCACACCUUUCUAAUCAACCUCCUGAAAAAAUGGCAUGAAGAUGUUCAAGCAAGAACAAACCAGACAACACUGAGAUGAUAUUGGUGCUAUCAGACCUGCUUCCUUUCCUUCCUCGUGACAAGGUAUUCAGCAGCAUUCACAGAUGCGGUGUGAUCAGACAGGCCAUGCCGCAAGGUCUUUUGCUGUGGCCUCAAACUUGCAACCUCUGAGCUGUCAACCAUGCCCCUUAGCACCCACACCGCCCCAGCCCCCAUCAGACCCGCUGAAGAUAUAAAGCUGUUUAAUGAGCAUCUCUGCCGUGAACCAGCAUGUCAGAGCCCUGUGCAGAGGGCAUCUUAAACCAAUAUAAGUCAGAGGAAAAGGCAGAAGUACUGUAAAGUGAUGCGACUCCACUAGGCUUAGGAUUCUCCUCUGUCCUCUGGAAGUACUUUUACAGACACCAUCACCAGGGUCCCAGGUCAUCAUCCACACAAGGCCUAUGUGAGCAAAUGGGCAUGCACUGGUGUGACUGGCCUCAAUUUUGUAUGCCAAAGUACCUUUGCACCACCCUGAAUCUGGACUUCCUCAGGGGCUGGAGCAGAUCCCAGUGUGGUAUAACCAGCCCCCGCAAGCCUGGUACAGCAGCUUCCCCAAAUCUCAACAGUGACAGUGCUGCAAUAUGCAGCCUCAUCCCCAGUGAGCCCCCUGCAACAGCAGCCCCAUCUCCAGCUCAACCAACCCACCCACCCACCGAGGACACUUGGAAGACACCCUGACAUCACUGAGCCUGGGAAAUUCUCCCCCUGCCAAAUCAGGGGAUUUUAGUGCAUGUCUACACCCUUACUCAGGGCCACCAUCAAGCCCCUCCAUGCCAACUCUCUAUACCAGAAAUCCCUAACCUCAACCCCGCAGGAGCAAUCCAGCCAGACCCAGCUGUCUUUACAUGGCAAUGUGAGGAUACUUACAGAGCCCGUGCCCUGCUCUAUGCUCAGUUCACCAGCUGGAGAGACCAGAACGGGGGUGUGGAUCAGACGCCAGCACGGGUCUGAUCUUAAAGGCCUACUUCUAACCCACACCCGAUAUUAUACAACCAGACCCAAACCUGCAACUUGCAUUAGCAACAACUUCUUACCUGCUUAGGCAAACCCGUGACCUGACCCAAAUUCUGUUCAAAUGCUGACAGACCCAGGGGAAAAAAAAACACAUGCUUUCCUGGAAGAUGCAGCACGUUAGUUCGUCCCAGUUCUGCAGCAUCUAUACAGAUUGGGCACUUCAGUGGGGCUUUUUGGCGCUGCGGAGGUGGCACACCCUGAUCUAUCUUUUGUUUGAUCUCCUUGGCAGACAUUCAUCCUUCUUUGUUUGGUCUCAUUCGUGCUGCUUCUUCCACUAAAGCGCUUUUUUUCCCCAUAGAUUUCAUAGACAUUAGGGCUGGAAGGGACCUCUGGAGAUCAUCGAGUCCAGCCCCCUGCCCCAAGGACUGGAAGUCAGCUGGGGCCAAAGGAUCCCAGCAAGAUAAGCGUCCAAACGCUUCUUAAAGGAGUCUGGAGUAGGUGCUUGCACCAUCUGUCACCUUUUCACACCUGUCAGCAGCCAGUGGUGAGAUCUCCAUUCUGACCUGACUGUAACCCGAAAAUCCAAUUUCAGACCCACACCCAAACUGCAAAAUGUGAAGUAGUUCACAUUCCCACCCAAACCCUACUCACUUUGCAGGUCACCCGCGGGUACCUGACCCAAUGCAGGACUCGAGUGUGGAUCUCCUCCUCCGUGACUUGCUCAAGGUAACGCGGGAAGUCAGCACUGGAGUCAGCAGACAGCUCGGACCAUAAAAUGAGCUUUCCUCUCAAAGAAACAGCUGCUCUGACAAACGUGGCACUAGCCCUUCAGUUUGCUUCUUUCUCCUUUCCACUUAUGUUUUAUUGUUACACCAGAGUGACUUACGAUUCGCACAACUCUACCCGGCCUUGAUCUGCACCGAAAAUCAACACGCAUCACUAGUUUAACAGUGACAGUGACUUUUCAUCCUCAACUUCAAGAUUCAUGGCAAAGAUCAACUAAUCCAGCUUUGCAAAUGCACCAGGAACAGUUACUAUCCUAAGUAACCGCACACUUAGCACAAGAAUGAUGAUAGCAAUGAAGCUAAGGAAAUAAAUAACAUACCCCUGGCAAGCAAAGAUUUGCAACCUAGAGAGAGCAUGGAGUCUCUGUCGCUGGAAGUUUAUGCACAUCUGGGAUGGUUUAGACAGGUAUGAUCCUGCCCUGAGCAAGGGGGUGAGCUAGAUGAUCUCCUGAGGUCCUUUUCAUCUCUCUUUUUCUCUGGGUCUGUAAUCUUUGUAAUAGGCAAAGCCCAACAUUAGACUCCCUGGGACGAGCACAGACAUUUGUGCCACUGCUAUUUGUCCCUGGGGAAUGCCCAUGCCACAAGCACUCUGGUGUCCAUGCUUGCUGGCCCUAGCAGCCUUACCUUGGGUCCCGGGGGUCUCUGGGAGAUGCAGCCAUAGAGAGUGGAUCUGGCUGGCCAGGCUCCAGUUUUCGGCAGAGCACACUGCUGCCCCAUGCACCACCCCGGUUUUUUUUGUUGGGGUUUUUUUUUACUCCAGGAGAUCCCAGCGUCAAAAAACACCCAUGCUGCAAAAUAGCGGUGCAGGGGACGCUUGCCCGUGCGGUGUGUGGCACUGCAGACGGGUCUGCGGUGCUGCAUACCACACAUCUGCACUCGUCUGGAUGCACCCCCUUAAUCCACAGGGCAUAGAAACUUUGAAAGUACCCAUUAAAGGAUGAAAGUGAGAAGGCAGUCACAAGAGCUACCGUAAAUAGAAAGCAAGCACCUGAGAUGGUGAGUAAUAGCUUUACUCAGCAGUAAAUGAGAGUCAAAAACAGGGGUGUGUCUAAAUAAAGCAUCCUCCUCAUAGUUCACAUCUAUUACAAUCAAAGCCGUGUCUGUUCUCUACCGUGAGAAAUACUACACUGUUCCUGGGCAGGGAAAGGAGAGGAAGAUGGGGAAAGUAACAGCUUUUGGCCAACAGCCCAAUCCAAUAGGGACCCCUAGAAAAGAUGAAGGCACUUUUCAUGGGGCACCAGCCUAUCCCUUGGGAGAUAUUGGUUCAGUUCCCUCCUCCACAACAGACAUACUUGGUCCUGUGACAAGCUCCCAUUCGUUACAAUGGGGCAAAGAGCUCCCCUCUUGAGAUGGGAAGCUCUAAGAAAAUAAAUUCAUCCAAGGCUGCUAGCUGCUUGGAUAUUCGGCAAUAAUAGAUGUGCGCCCUUGUCUGUAUAGGUGAUGUUGUAUUAUGCUCAUUCAACAAGCAUGUGUCCCACCUUUUUCACCCCUUUACUAAUCUUAACAAAGGUCCAGAUGUACAGAGGGGAUUAGGAGCCAAGCAUAGGCACUGAGUGUUUGCAGGCUUUGCACACAUGCCUCUGACAGGAGACAACAGGUGAAGAGAUUAAUAGUUAAAAUAUCCUUCCUGCCACAGUGAGAUCAGCCAAGAGAGUCUUGUCGAACUGUGCAGGAAAUAUUGAUAGCAGAGGGAAAAUCUGCCUUUCUAAUUUAAAAGACCAAAGCCAUAAAAAAAUACUUGGAAAAGCUACCCAGGGGCCAGUUCAGCCCUGUAGAAAUCUAUUUACUGAUCCUCAUUGAAUGAUUUCACCAGCUCAGGUUACCCUAGCCUAAUAGUUUCUUAUCCUUCUGAAGUCUUUUACUGUGCAUGUGUCUGUCUUAUAUUUAUUAAGGGGUUGGCACUUAAGAGACCUAAAUCCAAUUGCAGUUGAUCUUUCUCUCCAAAACUGUAGCGUUCAGGUCUGGAAUAUGUGCAUCAAUACUUUUACCAAGGGAGACACCCUGAGCACCCCCAGAUCUCGGGCUCAUUUCUAGUCACUUUAUAACAGACAGUAUAUAAUGCUUCUUCAAGGUAAUACCAGGCACUGUUUGCUGCUCCCCGUACCAAACAGAACGGUAAAUCUGUGAACUCAACAGGGAGAAAGGACAACGCAACAUGUGCCAGUUGCCUCGUCUGCUUUGGAAAAUUCCCAGUGAACAUUACUCCGUAGGAAAAAAAAAAAAAGACUUUGCUGUACACCUCAGAGUGGCCACAAACCUUAUUUCCUUCCUCUGGACAAAGUAAUCACAAACUGGAAGGGAUCCAAAAGGUACGAAUGACCAACUAGAGGCCUAGAGGGACCUCAAGAGAUGCUUCUCAUUCAGCCCCCUGCUCAAGGGACAUCCUGGCUGGGAGCCCCUGGACAAGUGCCCAGGAUCAACGCAGUGAUUUCCUCCAGCUCUGAAAGAGGGAAUCGCGUGCUGCUGAACACAGUCCGCUGUCUUCCCAGUCAUCCCAGAGGCACUCCAGGGCACGGAGGAGAGGGGAGCACUCGAGACCGCAGCAAUGAGGGUUCAGUGGUUAAGCCCUAGCUGGGUAGUUUCUCCCACGGUCCUUCUGAGUCUCGGGUCAGGUCAUAUGACAGCCCCUUCCCAUGAAGCUGUAAGGUGGGGCAAUGCAGGCGAGGAAUAGGGACCCCCUGAAGAUGAAUGGUGGGAGAGGUAAGAACAGGCAUCUCUAGCACUUGGGAGCAUCCUUCAAGGUUCAAGUGACCCUUCAGGAGUCUAGCCUGGCUGUGGAAAGGCUUUGAUGGUGAACCUCAUGGUUGCCCCAAUUUGCCAGUUUUUCCCAAACUUCAUAAGCCUCCUUCCUCAGAGGAAGGGGCUAUGAGGACCACCAAGUUCUCAGCUCAUAACCCAGCCCAGGAGUGAAACGAGCCCUGCAUAGCCCAGUGGCCUGGCUAAAUCAGUGCUCCCUGCAGCAUUCCUCGGCGCUGGCCAGGGCCUUUGUAGCCUGCACCUUGGCAUGGGUCCCUCAGGGAGUGUGCCCUUCUGGACUGCCAGGGUUUAUCAUCUCCCAGCUGGCCCUGCCGGAAGAGUUACACUUUAACUGCUCAAGCUAACUGAAUGGGCUCGUGUUCACAUGCACAUGUGUGUUAGCCCUCACAUGAAUACCUAGGCACCAGCUGAGCUUAAGGCUCAUGCAGCAACUUGGCAUCACAUGUAAUAAUUCAGCAAGGCUCCGCGGCAGAAGGCCCUUCCUCCCAGAGUACUCGCCGUGCUUCCUCCUGGAUGUGAACUGCCCAUCCCUGACACUCCUCAGGCACGGCACAACCAAAACCCCCAGCAGCCCUUCUGGCUAAACCUCAGCGUCUCCACUCUGUCCUCAUCCUUGACUUUCUUCUUCAGCCCUGCUAAGCUGUCCUGCACAGUAUGCACCCCAUGUACAUGCACACACACGCUCACACACACUUGACUUCCCCCUCAGAUGAGAGUCAGGCCUGACUGCACCCUGUGCUUCUGGAGAGACAGAUCCCAGUACAGUCCCCCACUGCCCCAGCAAAUGUCUUCAGGGCCCCUGGGUGCAGCCUAGUAAGAAAUGCCUUCGACUCCUUUGUACCCUUGGUUACACAUCCAGCCCUUUUGCACCCUUGAGCACCUAGGGUGUAAAACCACAAGACAACAUCAUUCUCCUGGUCUUCCUGGUCCAGUCAAAUCCCCAGCAAGCUGUAAAGCUCAUGAGAUCCCCAGCCAACCAUCCAGAUCAAACCAAUAGAGACACGUGAGAGUGAGCGACUGCAGCAACCUCUGGUCCCCCUGAGGUAGUAGGAUGCUGAAUUAAGACUCCAAUGAUAGGGUCUGCCACAGCCUUUCUGUGUGACUUUGGGCAAGUCCCUUCACCUCUCUCUCUCUGCAUCCUUUUUUCCUAUGUCUGUCUGCUCUAUACUACCUGUUUGUACAGCACCUAGCACUGGGAGGGCCUGAUAACCUAUAACUACUGCAGAAAAGCUCAGUAGGCUCCAAAUCCUACUGUGGUGCUCAUGCUCCCAAUACACAACUGCCAACCCCAGCCCCCGC